AUGGCCAGGGGCGCGGAGCGAGGCCGCGGGGGCUCCGGCUGGGGGCUGCGGGGCGCGCUGGCGGCGGUGGCGCUGCUGUCGGCGCUCAAUGCUGCGGGCACCGUGUUCGCGCUGUGUCAGUGGCGUGGGCUGAGCGCGGCCGUGCGGGCGCUGGAGGCUCAGCGCGGCCGGGAGCAGCGCGAGGACAGCGCGGUGCGCUCCUUCCUGGCUGAGCUGAGUCGCACGCGGCGCAGGGCGCCCGCGCCACCCCCGGACCCCGCCAGCGCCGCGCGCAACAAGCGCAGCCACAGAGGGGAGCCCGCACCACACAUCCGCGCCGAGAGCCACGACAUGCUGAUGAUGAUGACCUACUCCAUGGUGCCGAUCCGAGUGAUGGUGGACCUCUGCAACAGCACCAAGGGCAUCUGCCUCACAGGACCCCCUGGCCCACCAGGACCUCCAGGAGUCGGUGGGCUUCCAGGACACAACGGAUCAGACGGACAACCUGGUCCCCAGGGCCCAAAAGGAGAAAAAGGAGCAACUGGAAAACGAGGAAAACUGGGGCCGCCUGGAGCCACAGGAACUCCAGGGGAGAAGGGAGACCCUGGUGAGCUGGGCUUGACUGGAAAUGAGGGCCCAGCAGGGCCAAAGGGUGACAAAGGAGACAAAGGGGAUGUGUCCAAUGAUGUGCUCCCCACAGGUGCUAAAGGCGACCAAGGCCCACCUGGACCCCCUGGACCCCCGGGCCCUCCAGGUCCCCCAGGACCGCCUGGAAGCAGAAGAUCUAAAGGCCCUCGGCAGCCAAACAUGUUCAAUGGCCAGUGUGCAGGUGAGACGUGUGCCACACCGAACGAUGGUACGUUGGUUGGAAAGGCUGAUGAGAAGGCCGGGGAUCACCAUUCUCCGCCAGCAGAAUCUGUGAUCGCUUCCAUCGGGAGUCCAACACAAGUACUGAAAGUUAGAGAGACAUUUGGGACGUGGAUAAGAGAGUCUGCAAACAAGAGUGAUGAGAGGAUCUGGGUGACGGAACAUUUCUCAGGCAUCAGGGUGAAGGAAUUCAAAGACCAACCAUCACUGCUGAACGGCAGUUACGCACUCGUGCAGCUGCCGUAUUAUUUCCAUGGCUGCGGGCAUGCCGUUCACAACAACUCUCUCUACUACCACAAAGGAGGUUCCAACACCAUAGUGAGAUUUGAUUUUGGCAAAGAAACAUCCCAAACUCUGAAGCUUGAAAAUGCCCUGUAUUUUGAUCGAAAAUACCUUUUUGCAAAUUCCAAGACUUACUUCAAUUUAGCUGUGGAUGAAAAGGGCCUUUGGAUUAUCUACGCUUCAAGUGUGGAUGGCUCGAGCAUUCUCGUCGCCCAGUUGGAUGAGAGGACAUUCUCUGUGGGGCAACACAUCAAUACCACAUACCCCAAAACCAAGGCCGGCAAUGCCUUCAUUGCCCGAGGGAUCCUUUAUGUUACAGACACCAAAGACAUGAGGGUAACAUUUGCUUUUGAUUUGUUAGGAGGGAAACAGAUCAAUGCUAACUUUGAUUUAAGAACUUCCCAGUCUGUUCUUGCCAUGUUAUCAUAUAAUAUGAGAGACCAGCAUUUAUAUUCGUGGGAAGAUGGCCAUUUAAUGCUUUAUCCCGUGCGGUUUUUGUCAUCUACAUUAAACCAGUGAAGAGAGGCAUCCUGUUCCCCUCAGUAACUUUCAGAUGUUCUCUGGCAUCAUUUAUAGCCCAACAUAAAUCUUGUCUGUAGGGUAACCAGGUACUUAGCUGUCAUAAUCUCAUGACAUGAGUGUUGAUAUGGUCAGGGAACCCCCUUUAAGUUCAGAUUCCUUAGGGGGAAAUAGCAAAGAUGAAGU